CGCGCCGCUAUUCUCAGGCGAGGCAGCGGGAUGCGCUUCUCGGCGGCACCAAGAUCAACUUCGCGUCCUUGCGGCGCCGCCUCGAGAGCCUCGGGGUAAGCUGGGAGAUGAUGUGGGGCAAGAUGGUCGAUUGCAUACUGAAGUCCCUGUGCAUGGGCCAAGACCACAUUCCCUUCCAGGCCAACUCGUUCGAGCUGUUCGGGUACGACCUCCUCCUGGACAGCAGGCUCAACAUAUGGCUCAUCGAGGUGAACUCCUCGCCGUCGAUGGGGCAGGAGCACCUGCUGGACGAGCAGGUGAAGCAGCCCCUCAUCAGCGACACGAUUGACCUCGUUGAUCCCAUGGCGUUCGACAGGCGCAAGCUCACCCACGUCCUCGGCCGCAGGCUGGAGCGCAAGGGCGCCACCGCGGCGGCCAGCGGCCGCCAGCAGCUCGACGUGGACUGCCACGCCAUCCUGGAGGGGCAGGUGCCUCGCAAGCACGGCGAGAUGCCCAAGGCCAUGGGGAACUACGAGCGCAUAGCGCCCAGCGAAGCCUGCGACGUCGUUCAGCGGAACCAGGCGCUGCUCUUCAACAAGAGGUAGGCCGUGAGGUGCCGGGCGGCGCACAGACGAGUAGGAGGUCGGUGCGCCGGGGCGGCCUUCCGAGAAGGCAGAGGUGGGUUCUCAGCAGGGGAGGAUCUCCUCCUCCCUCCUCCCUCCUCCUCCUCCUCCUCCUCCUCCUCCUCC